ACCUAGCACUUGUACUUUGAACAGUAAUUGAAUGUUUUGUAAUGGUGAUUCUCGGUUUGACGUUGAAACUUUGAAAUCUGAAGGAUUGGCUAUGGUCUCAAGUAAGUCUCAAUUGGCGACGAUUUGGUCAAGUCGAUGGACCCACAAGUCUUAGCGCUUGCUUGUGACACUCCUCCGACUCGAGUACCACUGUCGUGCCCUUCAGCCUAAGUCCAGUACCGUAUGAUACUACUGAAUUGUUUACAAGCACAGCAAGGAGCUCUCAUUUAGCCCGACGCUUCUUGUAGGUGACCACUCUACUAUGACUGGUGCUGAAGCUAUUCAAGCAGCUCGUAAUGCCAAGUCACUUCCCUAUGACGUUCUCUUGGAUUUGUUCACUUUCCUAGAUGCCACCGACAUAGUGAACUUCCUGAGCAGCUCCAAGUUGCUUUACUCUCACAUCCGAGAUGAGACCAUAUGGCGAAAGCUUUCCGCUCGUUAUGGCGUGCGAGAUCUCUCCCUAUUCGGCGAUUAUACCUGGUACGACAUCUAUACUGGCCUUCUCCACACUUAUGGUCCUCUAUUGGGUUUGUGGGCGAAUGACUACCCGUAUAUAGGAAAUAUCAUGGAAUGUCGAGUCAAUACGGAUCGGACGUGGUAUGGGAUUAUUUGUGAAGUAUGGAAGUUUCCAGCAGGCAAUGACAUUCCGGACAAUGAUCGUGAGCCGUGCCUGCCUUCAUAUCACGAGUCAUUUCGCAUCAUUUUGACUAGAGAAGAUGUCAAUGAAUCCCGGACUGGAUGUCGCACACGGAUCCAAUGGUAUCCAUAUAGUCAACAAAGUGUUUCGUUUGACGAUAUGGACCGACUCCAGACACCGUCGCUGCACGUGUUGUCUCACACAAAUCAGGCCAUCUUCGUACACAUCGGAGAAGAUCUCGCUUUCAUGCCGGGUGGAGAACAUCCUCAGAUGACCGGUCAGUUUCCCGACUUCCCAGGAACUCAGGUUGCUUGGUACGAAUACAGUCGUGAAUUGCCCCGCAUACUUCAAGAACCAUCGUCUGAAUUUUCCGACAGUCGAGAUUUCAUCUCACCGAGUACUCAAGCUCGUGCCAGCUAUCUGUAUUCUGCCCGCGUAGAUCACACAUUCCCACCAGCUUUAAGCAUCUACCCCCAUCCAGAUCGCGGUGAUUCUUUACGACUUCAUACGCCACAACUGCCUAGAGUAUUUCGAGAUUUUCGAGGUGAUGGCUGGAAUGACGUGUCUAUCAGGAAUCGCUACUACCCUCUACGAAGUCCUCUUAGAGAGACUGCCACUACUGCUAUCGGUUCUUCAGGUUGGGACCCAACAGUUUUAGAAGGGAUCUGGCUUGGAGGAUAUUGGUCUCAUGGAACGGAAGUAAUGUUCUUGGAGUGGGACUCAGAGCAAAAGGAAGUUCGAGCAUGGAAGUUAACUGGUGACGUGAACGUGCCACGCGGAGCUAUAAGUUGGCGGUUCAAGGUUGGAGAGGAUCUUCCUGACCUUCCGGUCGAUGCAUUCGAAGAAGUACGCCCAGAGGCGCUAUUCUCAGGGGUGGCGACGAUCAGCAACUUCGGUUUCUUACCCGACGAUCGGUCUGAAACGCCUGUAUAUGUGGCCUUGAUAGGGCUAGAUGAUAUCAGGGUAAGCUGGCCAGAGCUGCUCCCGACUUCCAGGUUCCGGCGGUAUAAAGGGAGGGAUCUCCCAUCUGAGCAGGUGGUGGGGGGUGUGCGCAGAGCAACACUCUGGCUCUAGAUAAAUGGCAUACAUGGUUAGUAAAUCUGAUUAGAGUGACGUCGAUGAGUAUGCGGUGUCUUUCUCUUGGAGAAGUGUUUAGUGUAUGAUCAUGAUGCACGAGAAAAGGUACUUCACACAGAGUCGGAUAUUUAGGGAAUGAAAUAACUACGUCGGUGUAUAUAUUGAUUCCCUAGAUGAUGCAGACGGGCGUUGAAUGCUUUUCUCACUUCCGAAUCUAUACUUUCUGUCCAGGAUGUAUGAUAAUGGAUGAUAUGACAGGGUUAAAGGUUUGGAUUGAUCUGACAUGACAUAGAAUACCACACUCCUGGAUGCAUAGCAGCAGCCAUGACACGCUACAGUAACCGGAAGCCAUAUAAUACAGAAUAGAGAACUUA